CGACAAGCUGUGGUCUAUCUUGGUUUAGUUAAAAAUCUUCCUAGUCAGAUUUGUUGCCUCCCACAAUGUAUCAACGCUAACUGUUUUUGUCUAGCGACAGGUUUAGGAGACCAGUGGCAGUGCGCAUGUGGUUGUGGAUGAUUCAGCGAGAGUCGAGUCCAGUGAGCAGAGCAACUGAGAGCACUUGACAGCGGAGAGCUUAGCAACACUAGCUAGCUACUGAACAAGCGAAACAAACGUUUUUUCGGACAAUGAAUAUUUGACAAGAAAUUUGAAUGAACAAAUGAUCACUAGGAGAGAGGCGAUGACAAAACCUUGAUACUUUGGUGGACCAUACAUAGCCAUACGCCUGGCUGAAGAAAAUAAAAACAUCUGCUUCAGGGGAAGGUGUUAAUGUUACUUGACAACUAGCCAAAAUGUUUUGUAUUUGACUUGCUCAGUCAUCAAUAUGGUGCUUUCAUAUCGAGCAGUGUUUGUAAGGUCAUUUAACUGAACACUUUUUUUUAGGUAACUAGCUAGCUAGCCAGGCUACUGCUUGCUUGAAUUUGCUAGCUAGCUUACUAGCCAACGUUAGCAAUUGGACCUGCACUUGGUAUUCAAUCAAACCAGCCGAUUCAGUCGUCAAUUCAGGAAUUUGCGGUCGUGCAUGUUAAUGCAUCAUCAUCUGUUUCAAUAGCUCUGCCAGCCCAGCACACCCAUGAUCCAGCAGGCAGCUGAUGGAAGAUCCGGUUCCCAACUUGCCCACCAUGGUCUCCAGGCUGCCCAAGUUUGGCUCGCGCCCCACGGCUGUGGCUGCCACCGCCCCACUGACCAAUGGGACCCGCCACCACCCUGCCUCCAGCACCACGGGCAAAGGGUUACCCAUUGCCACCACCAGGCAGAACGGAACAAUCCGGAUGUCCUCCUCCUCCUCUCUGAAGUGGAAGAAGGGGAAAGGGGGAUACCCUGUGGAGAGGGGGGGGGACUCAUGGGAGGAGGACAGAACUGGAGCUGGGCAUCAACCCCGACAACCGCAGCACUUACCAAUGGUGGUACGGGAGAUUAAGAAGCUGUCUAGCAUGCCUGCCACAGUUAAGGUACAGGGGUGUGCUUCCCCCUGCCCCAGGACUAUACGCUCCAGAACUGGGUCUCGCGGGGCUGUCCCCAAACAGGCCUUGUCUGGACAGAGUCUCGGCAAUGGCAAAGCGGGUCUCAAAGGCCAGGCGGGUGGUGGUGGGCGGUCUGGGACCGGUUCAGUCAGGCGGGGCCAAAGCCGUGGUUCUCCCCACAGCAACCUGACCAGCAGCCUGUCCCAGUCCAGCGACAGCCUGGAGACGGCCACAGAGGAGAACAUGGUGCGGUCCCAGAGCCUCACCCACGUCAAGAGGAUCCCCUCCUCCACCGAGCCACCCAUCAUCCGCUCCUACUCCUUCAACAGGUCCUCGGAGCUGGCCAAGGAGCUGCCCAGGCCUCUAGCCAAGUCCCCGCUGGUCAAGACAUCUCCCCUGGCCAGACCAACCCCUGUGCUGAGUAGUGGGGGGAGAGGAAAAGGCCUACAUCUUAGUAAGUGUGGACCUAGACCAGUGCCAGGCAGGGCUGGGUUGGAAACAACUAGCUGCAUCUUGCCAACCAUCACACUGAGGAAGUCCUUACUACCUAGUUCAACCUCCUCCACCACCAAGUCUUCGGCCCUCAGCUACAGGCUUACACGACCCUCCCUCAUCAAGCAGCCUUACCUUGUCCUGGCCCCCACCUCCCAGAAGGUCCAUGGCAACAGAAAGGAAAGCGAGGGGAGGAGGAACUCGGUGGAGAUGCCCGCUGUCACCCCAGACCUGACCAACAUCACUGACAGCCCAGGGAGUACCCCAGAGGGCCUGCUAGAGGAGCCUGUGGCCCCCAGUGUAGUCCAUCCCCUGGGAGAAGGCCUGGAGGACAUGUCACUCUCCUCCACCUCCUCCCUGGAGCUCAAUGACACCAGCGAGGAGUACAUGGACGAUUUUGACAACCUGGGAAAUGGAGGAGACGGCAUUCUGCUGCUCCCGGCCCAGAACGGAAGGCUUGAUCAAUCACAGUCUGACUUGGAUGAUGACAACGCAGACGUCAACCGACGGCACGGUGGAACCUCCAUGACUGGCCUUCACAGCUUCCUGUCUGACAGUGUGGACUGGGCCAGGAUGGGACUCACUGGGGGGUUGUCUCGGCGUACUAGCCAGGCCCUGUCUGGGGGUGCAGAAUACCCCCUUGGCUCAUCUCUGGACCUGUCCCCCUCAGACUCUGGCUCGGGGGGGACCUACAUGUGGGACGAGGAGGGUCUGGAGGCCCUUGGGAACAUCACACACCCCUGUGGGAGUUACGACUCAGACCUCAACAGCAUGGACAUACUCAACAACCUGGACAACCUGGAGUCUGGGUGUGACCUGGAUGACGAUGACCUCAUGCUGGACGAUGACCUCCCUGAGCAUGGCUCCUUGCACAGUGAUACUGAUGGGAUGUCCCAUCUUACCCACUGGAGAAGACAGCUCUGUUGGAAUGCAGAGGAUCACCUCCACAAUGACAACCGUAGUGACGUUGGGUUCCAGCCGUAUGAUGGGUACCAGGGCACAGGCUUGUCAGGUCUUCAUCAGGCUGUGGAGCUGGACGAGCUGACUCUGAAACACAUGGCGGAGGACUGCUGCUCUGUCAAGACCCAGCUAGAACACCUGAAGCUACUGCUGCAGGUGGAGGUUGGUAGUGAGAUGGACAACACUCUGGAUACAUUGAGUCCAGAAUCCAGAGAGGACCCCAUUCGAGCUCGACAGGUGGAGGAGCUGUUGAAGGAGGUGCAGGAGCUGAGAGAGGAGCUGAGAAGUAAAGAUAGGAUCAUUGCUCAGCUCACCAAGCAUGUGGCUGUUCCUGUCGAGCCCAUGAGAUGCCACUGCCAGCAGCACAGGGAUGUGGAAAGUGUGACGGUGACCUACCAUGACAAGGCCACACAGACUCCACCGUGGAGGGGACAUGCUCCUCAAAUACUACAGCCUUCCAGGCCAUGGCCCAACAGCAUGCAGCAACCUCAACCCCAGGAAAGACUAACAAGCUCAGCCCACUCCGAGGCCCCCCGAGACUCCUCCAACCCAGGCUGUGGGGACCCGGCCAAAAUGAUUCCUGCCCCUAGCCUCCCGCAGUCCCCCGGCUCUCUGAAAACAGCCUCCAUCCCUAAAAGGCCACAGGAAGGCCCCAUAACCAACUCCACCCAGACGUCCAUGGCAGGCUUCCCCAGGGUGGUGAGAGGAAUCCAGUUUAGGAGCAGUCUCAGGCCGGGCUUCACAGCUCCACAGUCCAGGCUGCUCCCACCUCCCUUCAGAGGUCUGCCCUGCUACAGCUCCCAGGCCUCUGCCUCCUCCCAGGGCCCUGCACUGCCGGCCUGCCCCCAGACCAAAGCACCCAGACAGACUCCAGGCCUCAGAGAACCAGAGAUUGGCGGGCUCAAGGCCAGAGGUCUAGUCCAUCCCAGCCGCCUACGACUUCCCAAGCCAAAGAGCCACUGACUGCUAUCUCUCAACUCUCAAACAUUGCCAUGUAGCAAGACCACUCAGCACCACCUUCUACCCAUUCAAACCCAAAAGAUCUGACUUCUUCUAAAGGCUUCCAGGCCUCACCUCAGCAAGGUUACCAUGUCUACCCUGUAAGAAUGGAAGACUUGUAGAUUAUAUCCGAAAUAACAAACUAGGGGGUUCAAGCCCUGAAUGCUGAUUAGCUGACAGCCGUGGUAUAUCAGACCGUAUAUGGGUAUGACAAAACAUUUGUUUUUACUCUUCUAAUUACGUUGGUAACCAGUUUAUAAUAGCAAUAAGGCAC